AGGAGGUCUUCAGUACUUCCAACUGGCAUCACUCUGCUUCCAUAUACGAUCUAUCAUCGCUAGUGGCGGGCAACGCGCCGCGGCAUAAUAACCUCGAGCGCCGCGCCAUUAUGACCACAAUCGACGUUAAGCUACUGGUGAACAGGUUCGACUGCGACCCAGAAACUAAAGGGGCCGAAUUCAGCGAUAACGACACUGUAGCAGUUAUCAAAGAACGCUAUUUUUUGGAGGAUAUUGAAAAAAAAUUCAAUAUACGUAUCAUACAUGGAGGGAGAACGCUGCGCGAUGACAGUGUCCUCAGUAGCCUCAGGGGCUACACAGCAGGAGAGCAACUUGUAUUAACGGUGUUCGUAACCAAACCCGAUACCUUGCCAAAACAAGAGCCGGUCGCACCAAAACGUUUUAUAUCGAAUGUAGCCUCCGUGGUCUGGGUACUGGUACUAAUGACUCUAUGGUACUACAAAUUGAAGCUUGGCGGUUCUUUCCGCAAACUGCCGCUGUUCGUAAUCUACAGCGUCACGUUCGUAGGCUUCCAUGCGCUGUUCACACGCAUCGUGCGCGGCAGCCGGACGGAGUGAUGUUAAAGAAAUGCCUGCAAAAAGGCAACUAAACGCGAUCGCCUGACCUCAUCAGCACAGCGCGCAACCUGGAUAAAUAUAAUGUCGAACGUAACAAGCAUACCUCCUUGUUGACGCCGUCAAUGAAGGCCUCGCCCUCACGGCCCAUAGCGGCC